AUGGAGUUCUUUGAGCAGUACGGCAACUUUGCCAACUUUCUCUCGGGCAUCAAUCCCGACGCACUGAGCCAGAUGGUCGAGAAGAAGGUGCUGCCAAAGCCCGCUCCCCGGAAAGCCGAUGUCCUCAGCGACUUGGACUCGGAGGCAUCAGAGGACGACUCUGAUGUCGAAACAGCCUUUGAGCAGAAGCCGCGCGAGAUUCGAGUCGAGUGGGAGCAAGCCGAGAAAAACUCCAACCGUCUCCCCAUUAAAACCGAAGACGGGCGGCUGCGUCCCUCGCAGAUCGUCGUGAUGAACUCAAAGGCGAAUGAAGCUACGGUAUCGGCAAAGCCGACCGAUGACGACGAGGAUGAUCAUGGAAAGAAAAAGAUGCAGCCACGACAGAGGGCUGCGACAUCAGCAGCUGUACAGCCCCCCGCAAAGCAGAGCCGGACGUCUCGUCGGGUUGAUGCUCAAGAGCAGUUUGCUGCUCUUGCUUCGAGUAUUAUCGAGAAUCCAGAGGAGAAUAUCGGCGAGCUUCGUGCCUUGCGCGAACUAUCGAACAGCAGCGAUCCAGUCAUCCAGAAAGUCGGCAUCCUCACCCAGCUCAUGGUUUAUCGCGAUAUCAUCCCUGGAUACCGCAUCCGCAAGCUCACAGACAAGGAGCUGGCCGUCAAGGUCUCAAAGGAUGUCAAGAAGCUGCGCAACUACGAAGAAACGCUUCUGAGCAACUACCAGGCUUACCUGCAGUCCCUUGACAAGAUCAAGGAGGACUCACCGCAUCGGGAUUCGUCGCUGGCGGUCGUUGGAGUUCAGUGCCUGACCGAGCUUCUGACGAGCGUGCCGCACUUCAACUUUCGCAUCAACAUAAUGACCGCUGUUGUCUCGCGGAUGGUGGUGAAAAGCCCGCCCGAGAUCCCUCAGCUGUGCUGCGAUGCCAUCUCGACCCUCUUUAGCAAGGAUGAGGAAGGCGAGCCCACGCUGGAAGCGGUCAAGCUGAUCUCCAAGAUGAUCAAAGCUCGAAACUAUGUCGUUGGUGAUAACGUCCUCAAAACUUUCCUCACGCUGCGGCUCAAAGAUGAACUGGUGCCAAAGAACGACUCGAAGCAGAAUGACAAAGCAAGCAAGAAGCGGAAGAAGGAGCAAGAGCACGUAUCCAAGAAGAUGCGCAAGAUCGAAAAGAAGGAUAACGAGGUCGAAGGCGAAAUGAAAGAAGCCGAGGCUGUCUUUGACAAAGCGGAGAGAGAAAAGAAGCAAACAGAGACCCUCAAGUUUGUCUUUGUGACAUACUUCCGCAUCCUCAAGAACGCCACAUCCUCGCCGCUCCUGCCAGCCGUUCUGGAGGGCCUUUCGCAGUUUGCGCACCUGAUUAGCGUCGACUUUUUCGCCGACCUGCUCAACGUUCUGCGCAAAAUCUCGCUCGAGCAGUACAGGCAGUACAUGGAAGGCAAGGCCGACCUGGACCCACGCAGCUCGCUCCACUGCGUCGUUGCGGCCUUCCAGUUGCUCAGCGGUCAAGGCGAGGCCAUCAAUAUCGACCUGAAGGACUUUUGCGCGACCAUGUACAGCCAGAUGAUGCGGGCACCGCUGAAUCCGUCGGUGGCUUGGACCGGCAGCGACCACAUUUCCGAGAGCAAAGCCCGCAGCCUGAUCGAGCUGAUUCUGCUCGCGUUCGACUUGCUUUUCUGCAAGCGCAAACAGUUGUCGAUGGACCGUGUAUCUGCCUUUGUCAAGCGCCUCGCCGUAAUCUCCAUCCAUCUGCCCUCCAAUGCCCUCCUGGCCUGUUUGCACAUGAUCCGGGCACUUGUUAUUAAAUAUCCCAAGCUCGAAUACCUUCUAGACACCGAGCGGCUCGGGACGGGUGUUUACCGCCCCAUGUUGGACGACCCAGACCUCUGCAAUCCAUAUGUCACAAACCUGUGGGAGCUGGCGCUGUUGCGGGUGAGUCAUGUCGUGCAGUACGGAUCAUGCGUCUGGAGAGCAUCGGCCGGGUGGAUCGCCAAUCCAUCCCGCAGGUCAACUUGA